ACACAUUCACUUCUCACAAUUUCUUAAAUCUUUUUCUUCCUCUCUAAACAAUGUCAAAGAACGUUUCAAGAAACUGCUUAGGUUCAAUGGAAGACAUCAAGAAAGUUUUCCAACGAUUCGACAAAAACAACGAUGGGAAAAUCUCUAUCGAUGAGCUUAAAGACGUGAUAGGAGCUCUCUCUCCAAACGCUACGCAAGAAGAAACCAAAUCUAUGAUGAAAGAGUUUGAUCUUGAUGGUAAUGGAUUCAUUGAUUUGGAUGAAUUUGUUGCUUUGUUUCAAAUAAAUGAUCAAAGUAGUGAUAGUAAUGAGAUUAGAGAUUUGAAAGAAGCUUUUGAUUUGUAUGAUUUGGAUCGUAAUGGAAGAAUCUCGGCUAAUGAGUUACACUCGGUUAUGAAGAAUCUUGGUGAGAAGUGUUCGGUUCAAGAUUGUCAAAGGAUGAUUAGUAAAGUUGAUUCUGAUGGUGAUGGUUGCGUUGAUUUUGAAGAGUUUAAGAAGAUGAUGAUUAAUGGUAAUGCUUGAUGAAAUCGAUUUAGAAUUUUGGAAGAUUUAAUCCUUUUUUUUCUUGUAAAUAUCGUUUUUUUUUAUGAUUUGGUCAAUCUAAUCUUUUUUAGGAUUUAGGUUAAUUAGGAGUUUUUAAUUUUUUAAGGUUUUAUCGAUUAAUCUAGAAGAAUCUCUAUGUUGCUUCUUUAAUGGCUCUGACCUAAUGUUAGGGAAUAUUGUUGAUGACCUAAUUAAUCGAUUAAUAAUAAUUCAAAAAGUUAAUUACCUUUUUGAGACAUUUAUUAA